CCGCGCGUCUUGGCAGCGUCUUGGUGGAGGAGAGCAGUCCGAGGAGGUCGAGGAAACGUCCCGGUGUGAGCGCGCCUCGUCGCCCCCGCAGAACCAGCACAGCACAGUGCUCUCUCUCAUUGUGGAAUUUACCGAGGCAAUCUUUUCUUUUUGUAUUUUUUAAAAGAAGGCGCACUUGGAAGGAGCAGAAAUUAAGUGCCCGAGGAGCGCGAACGCUGGAGCCGGAGCACAGAGCCAAUCUCCACUUCCUCUCCUCUGGCUCCCGACAAGGCAAGAGUUGCGGUGAGAGAUGUCACCCGCUCACUAGAUCCAGGAACAACCCGUCUGCCGAGGAGAGUGGGAUUUACUAUCAGAGCAGUUUCAUGGAGAGGAAAAAACAGCGCAUCCCGUAGAACAAAUUAAAAUUCUUGAAUCCAAGCGAGAGCAACCCAAUCACAAGCCACUGGAUGAGAGUCCUAUUAGCCCCUGGCAACUAAAGAUGAUGUUACCAUGGAAACAAAUUGUUCUGCUAUCAAUCACUGGAUGCCUUGCAGUCUGCACAGAGGAUGUCAUAUUCCAAGGGCCAAGAUGGAGGACGGAUCCAAGUGACCUCAUUUUACCAAUCAACUCCCCAGACCAGCAGGCUACAAUCAUGUGUGAGGCUGAAGGGAGACCUCCUCUGCAGUACAGAUGGUCACUAAACGGAACACUCAUUGAUCUGAGGAAUGACUACCGGCGUCACAUGUCUGGGGGCAGCCUGAUCAUUAGCAAACUGGACAAGGACCAAGACACCGGGCUGUACCAGUGCACGGCCUUCAACACAUGGGGCUCCAUCCUCAGCCGCAGAGCCAGCCUCCAAUUUGCAUAUCUUGAUCAGUUCAAAACCCAAGCUGUCAGGAGUGCGGUCAACGUCCGCGAGGGCCAGGGAGUGGUGCUGCUUUGUGGACCGCCGGCGUAUUCUGGAGAGCUGGCAUUUGCAUGGAUCUUCAACGAAUACCCGUUCUUUGUCCAACAAGACAGUCGCCGGUUCAUCUCUCAGGAGACUGGGAGUCUGUACAUCACUAAAGUGGAGCCCUCAGAUGUCGGGAACUACACCUGUGUGGUGAACAACACCGUCACGAGGGAGAAGGUGCUCAGCUCUCCAACACCCCUGGUCCUCAGAAGUGAUGGAGUAAUGGGUGAAUACGAACCGAAAAUAGAAGUUCACUUUCCUGACUCAGUUCCAGCUGCGAAGGAAUCGGUAGUGAAACUGGAAUGCUUCGCUCUGGGAAACCCCGUCCCAGAAAUAAGCUGGAGAAGAACCAGCGGCGUCCCUUUCCCCAGCAAAGUCAAGAUGAAGAACUCAAACGCCAUCCUUGAAAUCCCUAAUUUCCAGCAGGAAGACGCGGGGACGUACGAGUGCAUGGCAGAGAAUCGGCGAGGCAAAAAUGCGGCGCGGGGCCGUAUUUCAUUCCAUGCUAAACCUCACUGGCUCCAGACAAUGACGGACACGGCUCUGUCCAUCGAGGAAAGCCUCUUCUGGGAGUGUAAGGCCAAUGGAAAGCCUAAACCCUCCUACAGCUGGUUGAAGAAUGGGGAGCAGGUGAUGGGUGAGGGCCGGGUGCAAAUCGAAAACGGGGCCCUUUCUAUAGCAGCGCUAAACGUGUCAGACUCUGGGAUGUAUCAGUGUGUGGCUGAAAACAAACAUGGCAUUAUUUAUUCCAGUGCCCAACUAAUGGUGUUAGCCUCACCGCCCAGCUUCUCCAAAAGUCCGCUGAGGGCCUUGCUUAAAGCUCGCUCAGGCAGCGAAGUCACUCUCGAAUGCAGGCCUCAGGCCUCCCCCCCAGCAAAUAGCCUGUGGAAGAAAGGGAACGAGAUCCUGCAGAGAAGCGAAAGGAUUACUCUGCUUCCCAACGGAACAUUAAAGAUCACCAAUGUCACCAGACGGGACGCAGCCAGCUACACCUGCAUCGCUAAGAACCAGUUUGGGACAGCAAGCACCACUGGGCAGCUGCUCAUCACUGAGCCCACCAGAAUCACCAUGAGGCCCACUAACAUGGAGAUUAUUGUUGGCGAGAGCAUCGUGCUACCCUGCCAGAUUGCCUGCGAUCCAGCUCUGGAUGUCUCUUUCUCGUGGGCAUUCAACGGCCAGCUCAUCGACUUCCAGCGAGACAGCGAUCAUUUUGAAAGAGUGGGCGGGAGUAUAUCAGGGGAUCUGAUGAUUCGUAACAUCCAGCUCAGCCACGGUGGGAAGUACGUCUGCGCCAUAGACACUGACGUGGAGAGCCUGUCCACCUCUGCAAUCUUAGUUGUCAAAGGUCCACCAGGUCCCCCGGACAAGGUGUCGGUGGAGGAGAUCACAGACAGCACGGCCCAGCUUUCCUGGACUCCUGGUCGAGACAACGGCAGCCCCAUCACAGGCUACAUCCUCCAGGCCUGGACGCCUUUCACAGUGGGCUGGCAGGCUGUUGACACAGUGCCGGAGGUAGUCAAUGGGAACAUGCUGACGGCCACAGUGGUGGGUCUGAAUGCCUGGGUGGAGUACGAGUUCAGGGUGGUGGCUCGCAACGCUGUGGGCCUGGGGGAGCCCAGCCCGGCCUCGGCCAAGACCAGGACUGAGGAUGCCAUUCCUGAUACAGCUCCCACUGAUGUUGGAGGUGGAGGCGGCACAAAGUCUGAAUUAGUGAUAACAUGGGAGCCUGUGUCAGAGGAACUGCAAAAUGGAGAGGGCUUUGGCUACAUCAUCGCCUUCCGGCCGGUGGGCACGGUCACGUGGACCCGAGCGGCCAUCUCCGUGACGGGCGUGGCACGCUACGUCUUCCGCAACGACACCAUCCCGCCCUUCUCGCCUUUCGAUGUGAAAGUGGGGGCAUACAACAACCGAGGGGAGGGGCCCUUCAGCUCGAUUGGCGCCGUGUACUCAGCGGAGGAAGUCCCCAGUGUAGCUCCGAAGAGGGUUAGGGCGAGAAGUGUGUCUGCAGCACAAAUUGAAGUGAUCUGGGAAGCACUGCCUGCCGUCCCUGAAAGAGUGCUUGGAUACGAGGUUGUGUACUGGGAAGACGACACCAAGCCUGACACUGUUGGCAAAGUGCGCAUUUCUGUAAACUACACGCUGGUUAACAUCACAGGGCUGAAAGCGAACACAGUGUACUACCUCUCUGUGGCUGCUUUCAAUACAGCUGGCCCCGGGCCGCAGUCGGCACCCAUCAACACCACCACAAAGAAACCACCCCCAGACAGGGCUCCCCUGAACAUACAAUGGACCACGAUUGGCUCCACACUCAAGCUGCACUGGGAUCCCGUAGUAGCCAUGGAGACAGAGUCAAAGGUCACUGGAUAUUUGGUGCUGCUGAAAAGAAAUCGCUACAACGACCUCAGCACCAUCGUGACCAGCAAAACCACUGUGGAGCUCAGCCUUUCCUCCAACGACAACUAUCUCAUUCAGAUCAAGGCCACGAGCGAGGGCGGGGAAGGUGUGGGCAGCGAACCCAUCCACAUCCACAAAUUAAGCAUGGGCGCGAGAGGCUCCGGAGCGAGCCCCCUCAGCCCGUUGCUCCUCCCUGCAGUCCUCAUCAGUGCACUGCUCUGCUCCGUCUGGUGAUGUCUAAUCAGAGCUUACAGAGUGCACCCACCCCCACCCUCUCCUCCCAUUUCCGUCCCUUCAGUCAGCCUGUCCUGCGUUAACCCCCCACUGGACUGGCACGCGGCCCGGCCUUCAGUGGCAGGACUGGGAGAGACUGGGAGAGACUGGAAAGGAUUGGACUGCACCGAACUCUUAAAGGGACCACGCCACUUCUUCUAAAAGGACCAUCGGACAGAGAUGUGAUGAUGAUUUGCGUGCAUGAUAUCUUUUGGUAUUUCUUACAGUGUCAUUUCUUAAGUGCCGCCAUGCUAAAGGUUUAAGUUCAAAAGUUAUGAUGUCUAUAUGACUAAUCUUCGUAGUAUCUCUGCAGAUACUAAUGCCUUAAAAAACCAUUUUACUCAUACAGUCCAUACCAAAGUAGGUGACAGAGGCUGCUUGCUCUAUGGUUUCUUUAACCCAAUGUAAAAAAAAUUGGUUGCAUCCAUAUUUUGUCAUCUCAAAAAAAAACUUAAACUAAACCAUUUCUAUAUGACAUCACCAGCUUUUGCCAAAAGUAACCUCCCUCACAGACUCUGACGUUUUACCAGGUUUUGUCAAAUAUAUGAAAGAUGCAUAGCAAAUUGAUCAACUCUGCGUCUUAUUGACUUAUCUCUGCAUUCGGAAAACAAAAUUAAUUUUGUCGGGGAGCCACUUGCUCCUGAGCUCCAGGGUACUAUAGAAUACUCCGGUUGGCAUUUUGCUCUCUAUCUCCUGCUCCACUAAAUAAUAAAUGCCUAUCACACCCUGCAUUCUUCAUCGAGUAAAAAAAGAUGGGAUUGCAGAGAACAGAGAAGUUACUAUGUCAAACAGAUCCCACGUGUACUGUUCCUCCUCUGCAUUUAGAUGACCUGUGUUCUAGAUACGUAUAUUAUACCACAGAACCUCUACCAUCUACGCUCCAAAUGACCAGCUGGCCGAGUGCACAACGUACUCCAGGAUAACAGUGCCUUCACUAGAGCUCACUCUUGAUUCUUUUUUCUUUCCUCCCUUUUGCAGAUACUUACAGCAGAAAGGUACAUGUUGCAGAGGCGCCAUAGUUUUCUUUUGUUUUCAUAGAAAUAAGUUUCAAGGGACAGGAAACUCAGGAUGUUGAGGGAGCCCAUUAUUGGAAAGGGUACAUUGAUUACAUUUUCAUCGAGACUAGUACACCGUGCACCCAAGAGAGAAUGGGUUGGAAGCCUGAGCAAAGCCGCUAUGCAUUGAGAUAUAUGGUGGACAUUUUUUUGGUCCCAGUAUUUAUGGUCUGUGGUAUAAUAAAUGUAUGACUCCAUCCGUAACAUAAUUUAUGGACUAUUAAGGCAUCAGAAUAAAUGAGGCCAAUACCAUGGUGAAUGGAGCUCUUACUGGAAAUGGAGCGAAAGGCAUGGCUGUCAUUUUACACCAACCUCAUCGUUAUCAUCUAUUGGACACAUACCAGACUGAACAGUAACAAUAGAACAUUGCUGCUCCGCUGAGGGAGCUACUUCUCACGCCCUUUUAUCAUGUGGAUGAGUCUGUCAAAAGCCACCCAAGUAAAAGUCGAGGUGUGAUUACUGGGGUUCUGACAUUGUUCAUGUGGACGUGGAGGGACAAAGUCAACUGAACUGAUACACAUUACUGUGCCUUUGCUGAACAUGGGGCUGUGUACCGUCAUUAGCUCGGAGGCCGUCGUCGCUGUUUGUAUUUUGCACUCCGUACCCCGAACCCAACCCCAAAGUCGAAUACAAGCACAAGGAACGGAUGCAAGGUGACUGGAUGUCCUCACUUAGCCAUCUGGACCGGUGUGCCGACCCCAGAGGCCUCGUAAAAAGUCCAAACGGCCGACAUAAUCAGGCUGUCCUAUCUGCUCCUUGACUGGUUCCAUAAAGCUCUGUGCUCGUUGAUUAGACUGCUGCAGACAGUCAAUGGGAUAUUGAUUUUCUUGCCCCAUUAUUACAGCUGUCACAAUUCAGCUGCUUGAUUGACUGAUGGCCGUGUUACUAUUGCACUUGUUCUGUUGUGUUACUUUCAUUGAUGUUUCAGAUGCCCUCCACUACAAGAAGAUUUCAAAGGCAUUCUUUUCUUUGUUGUUGUAUUUUUGGUUUUACCAGAAAUCUCAUUUCUAUUUGCUAAAUUUUCACAGGUUGUGCCAGUAUUUUGUAGUGUAGUGGUAGAUUGUGACUUUGAAUUGGAGCAGUGACCUGCAACGGAUUGGCUACUUGAUUCUUUUGAGUAACAAGUCAAACACAACCACUGUUGGGCUGUUGGGCUCCAGCAGUAGUACACCUGUAUCUUUCUUUACAACUGCAUAACAGCCCAGUCACACCAGGACAUCAUGACCAAAUUAUGGAAUUGAUGAAAUUAGUGCCGAGCUGUAACUCUGGUGGUGAAGUUUUUCGUGUUAUUACCAUAGCUAGCUGUUGUGCUGUUGAGGGAACAGAAAACCUAGGUGUCCAUGUACUUUGAACCCUCCUCUAUGGAUGUUAACACUGCUCCAUGAUAGGGGAAUAUGUUAUGAGACAUGUUUUGAUGGUAGAAGUACAACUUUGGAAUGAACUGUGAACUAAAUAUCCCUUUAUAAGCUGAGCUAAAGCUAGCUAGUUUGGAGAGUUAUGUUGCCAUUCAAUAAUUCUUUAUUUAAUUUAAAAUGUUUAACUUAAAUUUAAUAGCACAGGGUAGAACAAAUAAAAAAGGAUUAAUAUAGGUAAAUAAAAAGGUGAUAGAGAUAAAAAGCUGUUGUGCACGACUAGCACUAGUACGUUUACAGCUGUCUGCCGUGUAGCCACGUGCUCGAUAACUAGCUCAGAAACUAGCUUAGUUUCCAAAAUAUGUGUGGAUAAAUUUCCCUGUGCCACUUUCUGGUGUGACUGGGCCUUAAAGUAGCUUGUGUGUGUGCAAAUACUUGAUCCAAGUGUUGUUAAUAUUCCCAUUGAUAUCCAAAUAAGGUAACCUCACCGCCAAACGGCAGGCUAAUAUAGGUUAUUAAUUUACCGUGCUUAAACAUGUGGUUUCCUAAGGCUUUCUUAUUUUACAUUGCCUAGUUGUCGUUCAGCCUAAUGUUUCUUUCCUCUGCUCUUGCUCACAUAAGAAAAGCAUAUAACUACUGAUUCUCGCCUUGUGCUUUGAUAAUUAUUACAAGUACAAUCUAGAGGACGUGAGGCAAGUGCCACCAACUGAAGUAGUUGAAAUGAUCACAGAACAACAUAUCUAAAAUCCACAUGUUCCGUUCAGUUAGAUUGGUUUCUGCGGUAGUUGUUGCGAGAAAAGAGUGUGAAGUGUAAAUAGCUUGCGUAUAUUUUUUAAACAUGGCCAUCAAAGACAACCUUAUUGCUUUUAUAUAGUGUGUUCUCUGACCUUAAUACUGCUGUAUUAAUCACUGAUCUCUGUGAGAUACUGACGAUGUAGAAUGGCAUUUUCAUAUUGAAAAGUAACUGUUUUGUCUUGUAUACUAAAAUUGUGCAUGUUAAUAAUUGUUUGUGAGUUUGUGUUGGAUUUUUUUCUAAAACUAUAUCUUAAUAAAAUGUU